GCGCGGGCAAUUUGCGCGAGUGACACAAUGCAGCUUUGUGCGGAGCGCAUGCAUGCGUGCCCGGCGAAAGUGACGACACACUAUAAAGACGGCGCCUGCCAAGCUACAUCAUUCAUUCGGGGUUCUAUCUCAGCAUCUCCAGCAUCAUGGUGUUUCAGAAGCAAGCAGUGGUUUUGGCCGUAGGUUUGGUGGUGGUGCUCGGCGCGGCGGCCGCACACCCAGGCAAGAACGAGCCUGCUCACGGGCAAACCCUCCUUCCCAGUGCCAAGGAACUGCAGGCCAAGGAUAAAGACCAAGAUGCUUCAGGUGCCAGUCCCCGCUUUGGCUUCCUCUCCAACUCAAUUUACCCCCAGGGCACGUAUAGCACCGGCACCGGCCAGUACGGAGCCACCUCUCCCCUGAAACUCGACCUGGGUGGACUUCUGGUCGGCGGUGCCAUCGGUCUGGGCCUUAUCUUCCUGGUGCCCAAACUGUUGUUCCCCAACACCGGACGAGACUGCUACAACUACCAAGCCAGGAGCACUGACGCAGAACCUGACAGCGCGGCCGUGGCUUUCCUCAGCAAACUGAACGACGCUCUCGCCACCAACCACAUUGACGCUGCGAGCUGCGCGCAAAGGGCUCUCUGCUCUUUCGUGCAGAAGGCCAGCGUGAAGGUUAAGGAAGGUGCCGCCUCUGACUACGAAAAGGUCAUCAGCGACAUCACCAGCCAAGCCACGUCCGAGAACAUUUUCAACUCGUCCGAGUACCAGCGGGCAUUGGAAGUCGGACGUUCGAACGGAGACUGUGCAGCUGAAUUCAAGAGCUGCAAGUCCGACUCUGACAAUUUGAUGGGCGCAGUCAAGACUUUCCUCAUGUCUGUUAUUUUCUAACGGACCUUAGCCGCAGUAUUUAUAUAUGUAUAUUUAUUUGCCCAAAUGCUCCAAUUUUUUAUGAAAAAUAAACCAACUAUGAUAACAUA